AUGCCUGUUUGGGUUAUGGAUUUGCAAACGGAUGAUUGCCCACAACUCAGUGCAGAAAUUUCAUGUCUGUUCCCUUUUCUUGUGUUAAACAUAUUGUGUGUGUGUGUGUGUGGGUACGGUGUACUUGUCACUCAGUGUUAUCUUUUCAAGAGGGAUUAUGCUAAUGUAUCCCAGGAAUUCCAACAAAAGUGGUAUUUGUUUGUAUCAGUGAGUUUCCCUUUUUUCCAAGUGAUAUACUCUCUCCCGAUGCUUAGGGAUUCAUGUGAUGCUGGGUUGUGGUUAAUUCUAUUGUGGAAUUCACCUAAUGACACCUGA